UCCCGGUUCUGUACUCUCACUUGACGGUUCCGGUCGUGUUUCCGGUUUGGUCCGGUUCCCAGCAGCGCUCGGUUCCGGUUCUGGUUAGCUGUAGCUAGCUGCUCGUUAGCUCUCCGUGCUAACAGCUGCGUUAGCCUGUGUGCUGCUAGCUGUUAGCACCAGGCUGUCGUAAAUAAGCUUCCAUUAUCGGACAGACGCCUGUCAGUCACACCUGAGCGUGGCGUGACUCCAGCCCGGUCACUGCACAGGUGAGAGCACCUGCAGGCUGAUGACGGCUGGCAGGGUCAGUGUGAGAGGCUCUGUUUGUUCUGGUCCAGAUCAGGAGGUGGGUUCGUGUUGGUUCCUCAAGGUGCUUCUGAUGUUGGGGUAGAUCAGUGUGUCAGCCUCUAUAAUCCAGAUGUUUGUCACAUGUGGAGUCCAGCUGUAGAAGUGUGUGUGUGUCAGCGGGGAGCUGGUUCUGAUUGGUCCAGGUGUUCUCCUCACAGUCACGUUAAGUGUGGAGGAGGCCUCGUGUUCAUGUUGACUCCACCACAGCCUGAGGGCCCUGCAGGAGCCUCUGAUGCAGAGACGUGUGCACCUUCAACCCUGUGAGGAGCGUUCAGUGUCAGAACCCUGCGAUGGUUCCACGGAGGAUCACGCUCAGUGGCUCAGGGUGUCAUCGAGGUCUGUUGCCAUGGAGGACCAUGCUGAUGUUGCCAUGGAGAACAAGACAGAGGUCCCAGCCUCCGACGCCCCGUCCUCUCCUGACAAAGAGCCGGCAAAGCCCGCUGCGCGUCAGCCACACCGCCGCACCUUAGGGAGGAGGGGCCAGAGAGCAAAAAGGCGGGGUCAUAUAGAGAAAAAGCGGGGUCAGAAAUCGAAGAGGCGGGGCCAGGAGGACAAGAAGGAGGGCGUGACGGUGAAGAGGACGUGGAGCGGCGGGAAGCGCCGUUGGGACAAGAAGCAUUACUGCGUGUUCUGCCGACGGCCACAGGUGAAGAUCGCACGCCACCUGCUGAGGAAGCAUGCCGACGAACAGGAAGUACUGGCUGCCAGCACCCUGCCGACAGGCUCCAAAGAACGCCACCUGCUGCUGGAGCACCUGCGCUGCCGAGGCAACUAUCUACACAACAUCGAGGUGAUCCGGCAGGGCACUGGUGAGAUUGUGCCAUGGCGUCAGCCCUCUGAGGAUGUGGAUGCGAGGAACUACCUGCCAUGCCCAUUGUGUCUUGGAUUUUUCCUUCGUGCUGACCUGUGGAAGCAUCAGGUGUCGUGUCGCAAGAAGCUCGCCAUCAACCCGUCCAAAGCCGAGGCGAACGCAGACCCCGCCAACAACGCCACCUCUGGUUCCACAAGUAAGUUGCCCUGUGAUGUCACCAGAGAGGACAUACCUGAGGAUUCCCUUGGUGAGACUGCAGAGACCGGGACCAAACAGCUUAUGACCUCUGACCCAAGUGUCGAUCAGAACACGACCUCUGACCCCGCUGUGAACCGAGCCAGGAAACGGACCAGAGUGCAGGCAGCAGCGUCGCGGCUCCUGCCGAUCUCCAGUGGAGCGUCUGAGAGCUGCAGUGAAAUCCUGCAUCGCAUGAACCAAGAUAAUGUGUCUUACGAGGUGAAGUCUGAUUGGCUGAUCUGUAAGUAUGGCAACAAGCUGAUGGGGAACCAGGAUAGUGGUCAGAGGAGGUACGACUACGUAAGCCAGAAGCUCCGGGAACUUGGCAGGUUGCUCCUGGCCGCUAAAUCCCUUGACUCCGGCGUCCAGAGCCUGCAGGACCUGCUGGCCCCAGGUCGCCUCAGCCUGGCGCUGUCCGCGGCCAGGAAGGCAGCGGGAAACAGGUGGAGCCGCCCUCCACUGGCGGUGAAAACAACACUAAAGACAGUCUGUGAGAUUGCUAUCGGAGAGAGCCUGCAGGACGGAGACUGGGAGGCUGCCGCCAAGACCACCGACUUCUACCACAUGCUGGGCCGGGAGUGGGACAACCUGGGCCUGCAGAACCCAGAUCCAGCUGCUACAGAUGGAGGAACUAAACCAAAGAAACGACCUGUCCAGAUAAGACUGGACAACGACCUCAGACAAGAAGUUCUGUCAAAGAGCUCUAACAAACCAGUGACCUCUGCGAUUCCACCUGAAGCCAGAAUGCAAACAUCUGUCUCAGUCCCUGUGGCUCCCAGGAAGGUCCGACGGCGGCCGUGGUCCUCUGCAGAGAAGGAGGCCAUCUGGAGGCAAUUAGGAGUCCAUGUUCUGGUCCAGUCUGUACCAGGUAAGGAGGUCUGUCAGCGCUGUCUGGACUUAGAACCAGUCCUCAGGGGGCGGCACUGGAAGGACAUCAAGAACCAGGUUCACAACCAAAUCCAGAGCCAAAAGAAGCAGCAGUUCCACGCUCAGAUGGAACUCGAGAAGAACCAGGAUCACCAAGACCAGCUCCAGAAGAGUUAUACCGACUACGUGCCAGUGCCUGAUCUUAUUAUAAAAGGCGGGUACCAAAAACCAAAACCAGCACCUUAGUGGUCCAGUGUUGGAGCCUUUGAUGUUACCUGUUCUGGGAGGAGCUCCUGCUGAAAGACCACAGAUGGUAGCGUCAGUCGUCAGAUACUGUCUUCCAUAAUCAGAAUUUGCCCCAAAUGUAUCUUCAUAGGAAGAUUCAUAUGAACCAGCCCACAGCUCUACGUCUUAAACCUGUAGAACGGUGGGCUGGUUCUCUGAAGACGCUGAGGCAGAACCAGCUCUGUGUGAAAGAGCUAAUGAAGGGAUCAAGGCCCUUUGCCCUCAUUUAACCAUAAAGGUGUUUAAAGUUCUCUGUAUGUUUAGUGUAUGGUUCUCCUCACACUCCUCUGUGUGAUGAGCACUGGGGCACAACCCCGGACAGAGAGGCCAAACAGGUGGUUCUAAACGGUUCCUGCAGGUCCCUGGGAGUCCUGGUCUGUGGUGGUCCUGUGAUGGUACCACUGCAUCCUAAAAAUAGCAAGUUGUCAUGUCACAGGCUUAUUCCAGAAAGGAUGACAUUCAUUUUGACCUCAGUAUUCUACACACAGUACUCCAAAUCAAAAUUCUUAAAUGUUUAUUAAAACAUUUAAGAGAAAAAUAUAACACAUGCACAGGUAUUCUCAGCCUUUGUUAAAAUAUGUUGUUCAAGCACUUUUUGUCUGCAGUUACAGAAGAUCUGUGUUGGGCAGGGUUUUAAUAGUUUUGCACGCACACAUCAAUGAAAACUCAACACACCUUUGCUAUAAAGUCAGUUAAUUUUAGCUUUGUGAACACUCAUUACAGUUGUAGUUAUUUUCCUUUUUAUUUUUAUUUCCGCUAACGAAAAUGUUUUUUCACUUCUAGUUUUCGUUAACGAUAAUGACCUUGGUGUU